AUGGCCCCUAUCGCGCAAGCUGUCACCGUCUCACUGGAGGACCUCAAGGAAGGCUCUGUGCCUUUCGACACGCUCCAGAAGGCAUUCGGCCCGGAGUCUCUGGGGAUCCUCCUCGUCAAGGACGUGCCACCCGAGUUUGUCGAUCUGCGACGUCGCGCCCUGUCAUACUCGUCUUAUCUGGGUAACCUGCCCAAAUCUGAGCUAGACAAGCUGGAGAAUGAGAAGGCAAAGUACCUGACCGGCUGGUCGCUCGGCAAGGAGACGCUCAAGAACGGGCAGGUAGACGACCUCAAGGGCUCCUUCUACGCCAACUGUGCGUUCUACAUCGAUCCCAAACUGGCCUGCGCGCCGCCCACGGGCGAGUACACCGAGGACAACUUCCCUGAGUACCUGAGCCCAAACAUAUGGCCCGAGGAGGCCGUGCUGCCGGGCAUGAAGGCCUCGGUCGAGUCGCUGUGCCGGCUGAUCAUCGACGUGGCCGUCCUGGUGGCGGGCGCGUGCGACAGGUACGCUGAGAAGGAGAUCCCUGGCUACCCGGCCGCAUACCUGCAGCGUAUGGUGUCAGGCUCGAUGACGACCAAGGCGAGGCUACUGCACUACUUCCCCGAGCCCGCCGGUUCUGGCGGUGGGGCGGCCCCCGCAGACGGCCCUGCUGCUGCUGCUGGCGGAAGCGCGAAUGGCGACGAGGACGACUGGUGCGCGACCCACCUGGACCACGGGUGCCUGACAGGUCUGACGUCGGCCAUGUUCGUGGACGAGGCGAAGGCGGACCCAGCCGUGCCGCGGUUCGAGCCCGCCCUGCCAGAGACGCUGCAGCCGCUCCAGGAGCUCGCCGCGUCGCCCGACCCGGCGGCGGGGCUGUACAUCAAGUCCAGGACGGGCGAGACGGUGCAGGUCAAGAUCCCGCGCGACUGCAUCGCCUUCCAGACGGGCGAGGCCCUGGAGCGCAUCACGGGCGGCAGGUUCAAGGCGGUGCCGCACUUUGUUAGGGGCGCGAGGGCCGCACCGGGCGGCGACGGCAGCAGGAUCGCGCGCAACACGCUGGCCGUCUUCACGCAGCCCAACCUGGGCGAAGAGGUGGACCGUGACCAGCACAUUACGUUUGGCGAAUUUGCUCGAGGCAUCGUCGCGAAGAACACCGUCUCCUAG